AUGGACCGUAAGGUGUGGGGAAUUUUCGUCGACACCCCGAAGGGCAUCGAAAAGGCGCUCGCGGACUUCGAAUUCAUAUAUGAUUGGCAAAGCGAACCAGAUGCGCUCGGUAUCCUACAGACAAACACAACUGGUCUCCGUGGGAUUUACUGCUACUGGUUUGACAUUUACCUCAAGGGCAUUGAGGCCCGUGCUGAAACAUGGAAGCCCCAAGCCAGAGCAAGUUACCUUGCUAAGUAUGGGAAUAACGGCUGGAUCAGGCAGUUCGAUUCGGGCGAUAUGCGGGCAGGGAGUCUCAAGCUUCCUAGGGAGGCAAAAGGAACCCCACAUAAUACCAGUGGGGGUUGGGCACGGGGUAACUAUAAAGCUGGCACGGUCAACGUGGCGAUGAACUGUGGCUCAGGUAAUACCAUCAUGUCUCAAGCUCUCACGCACGUAGCCUCUUGUGUUCGAAGAGCAACCAUCAAUUUGGAAGUUGCGGGGACAAUCAAUAAUCAGGGAAACUGGUAUCUUGUGGUUGACAUGCUGCGGGAUAAAGCUUCGCCGUGCAAAGGCUGUUUAAUCAGAUACCACCCACAAUCCCAGCUACAUGUGUUGAAUAUGGAUAUGUUCAAGUACAUACGACCACAGGGUGAGGAGAACAGGGCUUCCCGUCCGCUCAGCCGUACUUAA